AUGGAACAGAGAAACAUUUUGUUAUCGGCGCUGGGUGUUGGGGUGGGCGUAGGAGUGGGAAUUGGAUUGUCUGCUGGACAAGGCUUUACCAAAUGGGGAGUUAAUAAUUCAUCCUCAAACGGCGUUACUCCGGAGAACAUCGAACGCGAAAUGCUACGACUUGUCGUCGAUGGCAGAGAAAGCAAGGUCACUUUUGAUGAAUUCCCUUUUUAUCUCAGGGAGCAGACAAGGGCGAUGCUUACUAGUGCUGCUUAUGUCCAUCUGAAGCAUGCGGAGAUUUCUAAAUAUACUCGGAAUCUUGCUCCUGCAAGCCGAACUAUCAUGCUGUCAGGGCCAGCAGAACUUUACCAACAAGUGCUUGCCAAGGCUUUAGCCCACUACUUUGAGGCAAAGUUGCUUCUUUUAGAUCUCACUGACUUUUCAUUGAAGUUUUUAUUGGAAGGGAAAAUCCACAGGCAACACAGUGGAGUGGACCUCCGGUCAAUGGAGCCGGGAGGAUCUUGUAAUCAUCCUCAAAUGCGUAGGAAUUCGUCUGCGUCUGCAAAUAUCAGUAGCCUUGCUUUGCAAAGCAAUCCUACAAAUUCAGCCCCUCAGAAGAGCAUAACCAACUGGCCUUUUGAUGAAAAGCUUCUUUUACAAACCCUUUACAAGGUUCUAGUUUAUGUGUCAAAAACCUACCCCAUUGUUCUAUAUUUGCGGGAUGUUGACAAGUUGUUGUGUAGAUCACAACGGAUAUAUAACUUAUUCCAGAAAAUGUUGAAUAAACUACAUGGACCAAUUUUGAUUCUUGGUUCACGAGUUUUGGAUUCUGGUGGUGACUACAAAGAAGUGGAUGACAGACUUUCUUCCGUCUUCCCCUACAACAUUGAAAUCAGCCCCCCAGAAGAUGAAUCUUAUCUUGUCAGCUGGAAGUCUCAAUUUGAAGAAGAGAUGAAGAUGAUACAGAUUCAGGAUAAUAGGAACCAUAUCAUGGAAGUGCUUGCAGCCAAUGAUCUUGUUUGUGAUGACCUGGGUUCCAUGUGUGUGGCAGAUACAAUGGUUUUCAGUAACUAUAUAGAAGAGAUCGUGGUGUCAGCAAUUUCUUAUCAUUUAAUGAAUAACAAAGAUCCUGACUACAGAAAUGGCAAACUAGUUAUUCCUUGCACCAGUUUGUCCCAUGCAUUGGGUAUAUUCCAAGAGGAGAAAUUCAGUACAAGAGAUACAUUAAAAUUAGAAGCCCAAGCAGUCACGUCUGAGCCCGGAGAAGAAGGAGCUGUUGUGAAACCAGAAACAAAGUCAGAAAAUCCUGCUCCUGAAAUUAAGGCUGAUGCAGAUACAUCAACUUCAGUGGGGAAAAUUGACGGUGAAAAUGCAAUUCCUCCACCAAAAGUUGAAGUUCCCCCAGACAAUGAGUUUGAGAAGCGAAUAAGGCCCGAGGUAAUACCAGCAAACGAGAUUGGUGUAAAAUUCUCCGAUGUUGGUGCCUUAGAUGAGACCAAAGAAUCGCUUCAAGAACUAGUUAUGCUUCCUCUUCGAAGACCAGACCUCUUCCGCGGAGGCCUUCUUAAGCCUUGUAAAGGAAUAUUGCUUUUUGGACCUCCUGGCACGGGGAAGACAAUGCUGGCAAAGGCCAUUGCAAACGAAGCUGGAGCAAGUUUCAUCAAUGUAUCCAUGUCUACCGUCACCUCUAAAUGGUUUGGUGAAGAUGAGAAGAACGUUCGAGCCUUAUUCACACUGGCAGCCAAGGUCUCUCCAACUAUUAUAUUUGUUGAUGAGGUUGAUAGUAUGCUGGGACAACGUACUAGAGUUGGAGAGCAUGAAGCCAUGCGGAAAAUAAAGAAUGAGUUUAUGACACUUUGGGAUGGACUAAUGACAAAUCCAGGGGAACGCAUCCUUGUUCUUGCUGCAACCAAUAGGCCGUUUGACCUAGAUGAAGCAAUAAUUAGGAGAUUUGAAAGGAGAAUUAUGGUGGGGAUGCCAUGCGUGGAGAACAGGGAAAAGAUAUUGAGGACUAUAUUGGCAAAAGAAAAGGUGGAGGAGAAACUUGAUUUUAAGGAACUCGCAACUAUGACAGAAGGAUAUAGCGGAAGUGAUCUCAAGAACUUGUGCACAACUGCUGCUUACAGACCCGUCAGAGAGUUAAUUCAGCAAGAGAGACUAAAAAUGCUGGAGAAAAAGCAGAAAGGUAUUGAAGAACAGAAUAACAAUGUCCAAGAAGUACAGGGAAAUCACUCUACAGUAGGAAAUACCCAAAAUGCUUUGGAAGCAAAAGAGGAAGUUCAACAGGAAAGAGUAAUUUCCCUUAGACCUUUGAACAUGAAAGACUUCAAAGAGGCUAGGAGUCAGGUUUCCGCAAGCUACGCAGCUGAGGGGGCUGGAAUGAGUGAGUUAAAGCAGUGGAAUGAAAUGUAUGGGGAAGGCGGUUCAAGAAAGCGAGAGCAAUUAUCUUACUUCCUGUGA